UUCCGGUCGCCGCGGACUCUCAAAAGGGUUAGCUGUGCGCCACCUCCUGGGCUCUGCGGCAGCGGGCCUUAGUGACCCGACUUCGUGGAGGUGUGGGUUCGGCUGAACCUUCAGCCACCGAUGGCUCCUCUCACGCCGCAGCUCCUCCUGCAACGCGGGCGACCCAAGACCAACAAGCUGGGGAAGAUUCAGAGUCUGAAUCUGUCGGGACUGAAGCUACUCUCAGAGCACUUGGACCCCAAUCUCCUGGGGUGUCUGAAGAAACUGAAAGAACUUGACCUCUCUAACAACUUGCUGGAGACGCUGCCUGCCAACCUGGGCCUGUCCCACCUGCGCGUCCUUCACUGCAGCAACAACCAGCUGGGGGAUGUUACUGCUUUGCACCAGUUCCCGGAACUCGAGGAGCUCAAUCUGGAAGGCAACCCCUUCCUGACGGUCAGUGACAACCUGAAAAUCUCCUACCUCCUGCCCAAACUCCGCAAGGUCAACGGCAAGGACACGGCCUCCGCCUGCUUACAAGUGGAAAACCUAGAUCGGGAGCUGACCAACAGGGUCACAGCUCACUGGGAGAAGUUCCUAGCCACUGUGAGCCCCGAAGAGGAAGCUGACAAAGUCCAGGCUGACUUCUUGAAGUCUGCAGUCAGGGAUGUGUGUUAUGGCCCUGAGUCUCUCAGGGACUUCACCCAGUGGCGGGUGCGGAUGAUUGCUGAGGAGCUGGCAGCCUCAGCUGGGACCCAGGUGCAGGAAGCCGACUUACCAAAGGAGCCUCCACAGGCUGCAGCUACCUCCAGGCUCAGGUCCAGACCGGUGGCCUCAAAACGGCCAGAUAGUGUCCCACUCAGCUUUCCUUCCAUCAAGCGCAUGCGUGCCUCAACCUCCCGACCAACCCAGGUGGAGGAUGGACCUGUGGACGCAGAUGGGAGCCAGGUUGCCCUGCACCUGGAGCCCCUGCACUUCCUGCAGUGUCAUAGCAGAAACAAUAGCCCUAAGGACCUGGAGACCCAGCUGUGGGCCUGCGCCUUUGAGCCAGCCAAGGAGGAGGGACACUCGGGGGCCACAUCCCAGACUGUGGCCACAUGUGGCGGAGAGACUGUUUGCGUGAUAGACUGCCAGACAGGCUUCGUACUCCAUAAAUACAAGGUCCCAGGUGAGGAGUUCUUCUCAGUGGCCUGGACAGCCCUGCCGGUGGUCACCCAGGCAGGCCACAAGAAGUGCUGGAACAUGCUGGCAGCUGCAGGCCUUCGGGGCAUGGUCCGGCUGCUCCACGUGCGCGCCGGCUUCUGCUGCAGCGUCAUCCGGGCCCACAAGAAAGCCAUUGCCACCCUCUGCUUCAGCCCCACCCAUGAGACUCACCUCUUCACUGCCUCCUACGACAAACGGAUCAUCCUCUGGGACAUUGGGGUGCCUGACCAGGAAUACAAGUUCCAGGCCAGAAAGCUCCUCGUGCUCAGCUGCAGUUCUGUCCCCUUGCGCCUCUGCCCCGUUGCCUCCUGCCCGGAUGACCUCCUGCUGGCUGGCUGUGAGGGCGGCUGCAGCUGCUGGGAUGUGCGGCUAGACCAGCCCCAGAAGCAAAGGGUGUGUGAGGUGGACUUCGUCUUCUCUGAGGACUCCAAGGUGUUGAGACGGAGAGUUGAUGGGCUGGCAUUUGUGAAUGAAGAUGUGGUGGCCUCCAAAGGGAGUGGACAGGGCACCAUCUACCUGUGGAGCUGGAGCCAGACAUGGGCAGGCCGGCGCAGUCAGUCAGUGUUGCCUGUGGUCAUCCUGGCCCGGCUGCAGUGGUCAACCACCAACUUGGCCUAUUUCUCCCUCAGCACCUGUCCUGACAAAAACCUCGUGCUGUGUGGGGAUGAGGAAGGCAGCGUGUGGAUCUAUGACGUUGGAGACCUACUAAAGCAGCCGCCUUCUGUGGCAGCAACUCCACAGGCCCCGACACAGAUCCUCAAGUGGCCUCAGCCAAUAGCCUUGGGCCAGCCAGUGACCAAGACCAUGAUAAAUACAGUAGUGGCCAACGCAGCCUUUACCUACCUCACUGUUCUGACGGACUCCAACAUCGUGUCCAUCUGGAAGAGUUGCUAGCGUGCACAGGGCAGUGGACCAGGACAUGGUUUAUUAGCUUGGGGCUAGUGGUAGUGUCAUUUGUACCAGUAGGUAUUUUUAUUAAAUUCUACUGUGGACUAGA